UCCCUCUUGUUAAGCAGCAGACAGGACACUGUUAUAAGGGUUGGACGCUGUCUCUCAGUGAACGGCGUUCUGUGACAGCAGCGAAAGGGUUAAUGUUAGUUAGCGACAGUUGCUCAGGCAAAACCCCUUGGAGGAGUAACAAGUGUGCACUGUUUUGAAGUUUACUUGUGCUUUACGAAAGUUUAUAUUUUUAAAGGCUUCGGUAGUUUUACUUUUUAUAGUGACUUUGGCUCAUUUGACAUAGGUAUAUUUACUGACAGGAUACCUUUUAAAAGUACAUUUUGAGCUGAGUGUGUUCAUAGUUUAAAUAUGCGCUAAAACCCGAGCCAUCAGAGCGGAUCGGCAGGAUGACAGAACCAGCACAGAAGAGCCAUCACCUGAAAACUUCAGGCAGUCCAUCAGGUGGGAGCAGCGGAGCAGUUCUGGAGCAUCUCUCGGCCAGCAGCCGUGGAGGACCGCUGAACGGCGACAGGGGGCGACAGAGGGAGCAUAAGCAGAGGCAGCAGCAGCGGGCGGAGAGUGCUGAGGAUGUCAACACAGACAAGUUGAAGCAAACGAAAGGCGGUCAGAUGGGGGUGUGUCCUGCUUCAGCUGCCGGAAACAAGAUCACCAAGUGCCCGGCCGCAGCUCAGGAGCACCAGGAAUCUUCGGCUCAGACAUCGGACAACGACAAUCUGCCUUCGCAGGGUAAAAACACCGAAGACGGGCCACCGAAGGACACUUUGAACCAGGAGGAGAACUCCCACAUCGACUCCGAUACUGGGUUGGACGCGCGUCUGGGCAAGAAGCGGCACAGACGCAGGACCACCAGAAAAAGGCGCAACUGGAAGCCCUACUAUAAACUUUCCUGGGAGGAGAGGAAAGUCCUGGACGAGAAGGAGACAGCCAGGGCUUCCAGGCUGAGAGAGGAGAUGUUCGCCAAAGGGCUCCCGGUGGCCCCUUACAACACUACUCAGUUCCUCAUGGAUGAACAUGAUCGAGAGGAGCCAGAUCUCAACACCGAGACUGGGAUCAGGCGGAACUCGGGGGUCGGUGUGCGCCUGGAGGACACUUGCAGCGAGGAAGACCUGUUCGACAACGAAGAUGAUGACGAUGAUGACGGCAGCGGCGGAGGCAGCGACGGCAUCGGGAGGCCCGGCAACGCGGGCGGGGAGUUUCUCCAGAGGGACUUUUGCGAGACCUACGAGAUGUAUCACGUCGAGAGUCUGCAGAACAUGACCAAGCAGGAGCUGGUGCAGGAAUACCUGGAGCUGGAGAAGUGCAUGUCCCGUCUGGAGGAGGAGAACAACCGAUUGAGGCGCGCCGUAGAGCCCGGAGGUCUGACCGUGGAGAGUUCCAUGGUUCGACUCAGGGAGCUGGAGAGGGAACUGGAGAGACUGAGAGCCCAGAACACGGAGCUGCUUCUGCAGAACCAGCCCGACAAGGACAGGGCUCAAGUCGCUACCAACUAGACAAAUACCUUGUAGGGACAACCCGUUGAAAAAAGGUAAAAAAAUAAAUAAAUAAAAAAUGGACUACUGCAUUUAAAAAAAAAAAAAAAAAAGUUGUCAUCAGUUUUCUGUAAUCACGGUGUCAUUUGGACAUAAAGUCCAUGCAUUACAAUGCAAUACUCUGUUCUGUUCGCUUUUCUAUUUGGACUGUACGGAUGUCCGGUUCAGUUUUGAUGAUUUUUUUCCCAAGAAGAAAUGUAAAUACUUCAAAAAAUCCAUAUUCAUUUUAUAAAGAGAAUGUAUUUGACAACACAAGGAUAUUUUUGUUGGUUUCAGUGGUCAACCUUGUUUCCAUUUCCAUUCACUGUUUAAUUUUUUUUUUUGUUUUUUGUUUGAAUUAAACAAAAUGUACGCUCUCUUUCCCAAAGGCAGACUGAAAACCUUGUUUAAUAUUUAAUUUGGCAGCCAUGCAAAGACUAUUUUGCAAAACUAAAUUCCACAGUGAACAUUUUAACAGUUGACAGAAAUUCAAAUAAAACUUUGAAAUUGUG